ACCCGCCGCUCGGUCGGCCUGACAGGUCCCUCGCCACACUCACCCUCGAUCCCGGCCGCGGUCUCGGUCACUAGAGUAACUCGACAUGGCGUCAAUGGUUGCGGUGAGAGGGAAAGACCCAGUCAAAGAGAAUCCAGUUGCGACGAGUCGCGGAGAGGAGGCCUCGGCGACGGCGAAGCCUUUGCGGGGGCGUCACCAGCGGAGGGACGGCGGUGACGAGGCCGGAGCUGUAAACCCGAGGACCGAUGGAAAUGAAUGAGGUGCCGGCUGCGUCCCGGCGGCCGCUUUUAUAGCCUGGGCCGCCUCCUCGCCGCAAAGGACGAUGGGAGCCGCUCUAUGACCUAAUCGCCCCGCCCCCUGGCUGGAGGCCUCAACGCCCGCUGGCGUUCCGGAAUCCGCCAUGUCUUCGCCCUUCCCCCCCCUCCGCGGACGCUCCCUCCCCAGGCGCCCGUUUAUCACCCCCCCUUCACGACAGGGUGACACCACCGGAAUGCCUCGGCCCGCACUCUUUUGACCACACCACCGUCUCUCGUCCUGCCACACCUCACACACGCUGCUUCUUCCCCCGUGGCCGGGCGGUCAUUAACAUGGCCAGCGCCGGCCCCCUUGCCGUCUCCACUUGAAGAUGUUUACGUCCCCACAGACUCCCCCACGCCCAUUCCCGAAGAAGACGGGGAGGUGGAGCCUGCCCUUGUCACGUGGCUGCACCCCAGGGCUAGGCGGGCCGCACUACUUCUUCGCUGGGCAUCGGCGGAGGAACACCUAACCACGAACUCACCGGAAGCGCGGCCCCAACGCCCCGGGGAGAUCGGCCGGGCUGCUGGGUGACCUGGCUGCCUGGCCCGCCGACCUGAGAACCCUUAAGCGGGAUCUAGCCCGCGGGGAAGGGUGUCUAGAGCCCGCAAACUGCCGCCGAAGCGCGUGCUGCCAAAGGAAGUGCUCCCCUGACGACCAAUCAGCGGCGAGAAGCCGUUUUAACGUCCCUCCCUCUCCCUGCCCUCCUUCCCCGCUCUCUGGUUCCUACCCCCUCCUACCCGCUCCGGCUCUCUCCGGUUCGGCCCUUCCAGGACACCGUCGCCCGCGCUCUCGGAGUCCGGCCGCGACCUUUCUUGGCAGUAUGGCCAGCUCAGAGGCUGAAUGGGUAACAAUUGCCAAUAACCUUCUUUUUAAAUGUCACAUACAUCUGAGGAUACACGAACUUGAAGACUGUGAUGCUAAUGUUUUUAUUGCACUUUAUCAGUCCAUUUUGGGAGAAAAGGUACCAGACCUCAUAGUUAUUUCCAGGAGUCAAGAAGAUGAUGCCCACAAUGUACAAGCAGUGAUUGAUUCACUAGCUCUGGAUUACCUUCAGGUCAGCUUGUCUCACAUAACAGGAGAAAACAUAGUAAAAGGGGAUAAGGAAUCUAUCAAGAAUCUCCUAGAAAUAUUUGAUGGAUUGUUGGAGUAUCUGACGGAGCACAUCAGUGAAACGUCUCACAACAAAAGUGAAACGGAACAGUAUUUUAAAGACUCUCAUGGAGAAGAACCCGUAGAGGAGCUAGAAAGUAUCAAGGAGUCCAAGUCAUCAUGGAGAAAAGUGUCUUUUGGGAGGUGUUCCUUCCUGUCUGAUGCUUUCGAGCCUGCCUGGGAUGAAGAUGAAGUGGAAUCCACAGGUGAAGUCAUCAGGCUUGGAGACACCGCACAUACCUUUUCCCUGAGAAGUAAUGGUGCUCAGAAUUCCAUGGACAUGCAGUCUAGAAAAGUUUCAGUUUUACUGGGCACUAAAGCACAUGGGGCAGUGUUGGACCCUGUCUCGUCAAGUUCUCUAUCCAAGAACGGGACUUUUGAAGAGCCACUUGAAUUUCUCUUAGCAGCAGAAACCCCUUCUGUGAGUAUGGUUACAAGUGCCAGGAAAUUAGGGGAGCCAAUCCGAGCCGCCAUUCCCUUACAUCCUCCCUACCAUCCUUCUGAGCCUCGAGCACCUUGUCCCAUAGGGAAGGAAUACCUCCGUUCAAGUUACUACUCGUCUGCACUGACUUCUGGAGAGCAUUCGGAACUUUCUGUGGGACCAGAUCAGAAAGUUGUCUUAACUUCCACAUUAUCGAAAGAUGAUGAACGGGAAACAUGUCUGACUCCGACUCAAAGCCCCAGGACAAGGAAGCUUCCUGAAGGGAAAAGAAAUGAAACCAGAGCUGUGGCCCCCUCAGAGGAUUCAUCUUCCCUUCAGAAGGCCAGGAAGUGGCUAACAGAACAAGAACUGCAUGAGGUCUCAGAGAAGCUCUCUCAGCGGCUCUUUGAACUAGACUGGAUGUUAAAAAAUGCCCUGGGUGAUCGAGCAACAGGCAAGACUGAUGGUAAAGAUGGUGAUGCCGGAGAUGGAGAGGGGCACAGUGGAAAGGAGGAAAGACUGUCGCAGCAUAGUGACAGCAUCAUGGAGUACGGACCAAAGAAGCCUCGGCCAGGAUUUUCCAUGUACAGAAAGGCACCCCACAGGUCCCAUUCGCUGUCGCCAUCUUCAGUAAACAAACAUAGACAAUCAGAGAGAGAGAGAAAAAAGCAGCACGAGCCUAAAGGAACAGACACCCGCCGAGUUCAGGCCAAGGCAUUAACUGAAGCAUUUGAACGGGAACUAAGAAAAAAUAAAGUUCAAGAGAACGUUGGACUUCGAGGGAUAAGUGGCGAGGAGGAGGAGGAGGAGGAAACAGAAAAAAGACACAGAGAAGCCAUUCCUAAAGGAACUCCAAAACAGAGUCAGGUCCAGAAGAUUUACUCCAGAAAAGCGGCAGCGCCAAGUCCAAAGGGUGGUCUCCUGAAGAAAAGCAAGGCAGCGCCAAUGAAAGUAAAUGAAUACAGUCUUCUGCCCCUGAUGCUGGAACAGUUUCCAUUUCUCUAUGUUUCUGACCCAACACUGACCAAAAUGUGGAAGCAGCAAAUUGCACAGGUUGAACAACUCAAAAGAGAAGCACAGAGAGAAGGCCGAUCCAAAAAGAAGCUCCAGGAUCAAAUAGAAGAAGCCCUGAGAAGGCAUGACCUCCUGACUGCCCUUGUCAAGAAGGAAUAUGAACAUAACAAGAGAUUGCAAGACUUCAAGGACCGAAUUCAUAGACAAAGGUUGACCCAAUCAAAGAUAAAAGAAAAUCGCCAGCAAAUUGUUCGUGCCCGAAAAUACUAUGAUGAUUACAGAGUUCAGUUACGUGCAAAAAUGAUGAGGAUGAGAACCCGGGAAGAAAUGAUCUUUAAGAAACUGUUUGAAGAAGGUUUACAAAUUCAGAAGCAAAGACUACGAGACCUAAGAAACUAUGCCAAAGAGAAACGCAACGAAGAAAAGAGACAGCACCAGAAUGAACUGGACUCGAUGGAAAACUACUAUAAGGACCAGUUUUCAUUGCUGGCAGAAGCCAUAUCACAGGAGCGUCAGGAACUCAAAGCCAGAGAAAAGUCUCAGGCUCAGACGUUACAGAAGGUGAAGAGGGAGCUGAGAGCGAAGAUGGAGAAGGAGAUCCAGCAGCUGCAGUACAUGGUAACCCGGAACGACGAGGAUGCUUUCUUCCGGGAACUAGAAGCGGAGCGCUUCAGAGCUCGGCUGCAACUGGCCUCCUUCCAGUACAGUAGAAAUCCUUUUCCGAGAGGCCAGACAUCAUAGGUGAAGUUUCUAGAGACCUUAAUGUGGACAUAGCUAGACCUGAGCCAGUAAACUGUCUAAACCAGAAUUAUUUUUUAAAUGCUUUAUCUAUGUAGUCAUGCCAAAACUUAUAUAUUUUUUUUAAUAAAAACUAUUUUUCUUAAC